AUGAAAUUUUUAGUUACGAGAAUUAAUUUUUUUAAAAGACCAAUCAUGACUAAAUCUUCAAUUCAAUCUUCAAAUUUAUUUAAACCUUUAACUAUUGGUUCAUCAACUGUUAAAAAUAGAAUUGCUCAUUUACCUACUACUAGAACAAGAGCAAUUAAAGAUGGCCAUGUUCCAACUGAUUUACAAUUACAAUAUUAUACCGAUAGAGCCAAAGAUGGUAGUUUAUUAAUUACUGAAGCUACUUUAAUUAGUUUAAAUCAAGGUAUUUAUCCUUCUGUUCCUGGAAUUUGGAAUCAACAACAAGCAAAAGCAUGGAAGAAAAUAGUUGAUUCGGUUCAUGAAAAUGGUGGUGUUAUUGCUGCUCAAUUAUGGGCAUUAGGAAGAGUUGGUAAUGCUAAGUUAUUAAAAGAAAAUGGAUUACCUUUAACUGGUCCGAGUGCAAAUUAUGAACAUGAACAAGCUGAAAAAGAUGCAAUUGAAGCUGGUAAUCCAAUUCAAGAAUUAACAGAAGAACAAAUUGAUGAUUUAAUUAAUAAUCAAUAUCCAAAUGCAGUUAAAUUGGCUUCAGAAACUGCUAAUUUUGAUUUUGUUGAAUUACAUGCUGCUAAUGGUUAUUUAUUUGAACAAUUUAUUCAUCCAGAUAUUAAUAAAAGAACAGACAAAUAUGGAGGUUCAAUUGAGAAUAGAUCAAGAUUUUUAUUUAAUGUUUUAGAUAAAUUAUUUGAAAUUGUUGAUCCUCAAAAAGUUGCAAUUAGAAUCUCACCAGCUAAUGAAUUUCAAACACCAAGAGUUAAUCCUAGUUUUGUUGAAGAUUGGACUUAUAUAAUUAAAGAAUUACAAAAAAGAGCUGAACAAGGUAAAGCAUUAGCAUUUAUUGAUUUAGUAGAUGCUAGAUUUAAUGAAGAUCGUACUCAUACAAAUAUAGAUUUAGAAUUUAUUCCUGAAAUUUGGAAAGGUAUUUUAAUCAGAGGUGGUAAUUAUACUUAUGAUGAUAAAGAUAAUUGGGCACAAAUUGUUGAAGAUGCAAAUUUAGAUGAUCGUACUUUAGUUGGAUUUGGUAGAUAUUUCAUUGCAAAUCCUGAUUUACCAAAAAGGAUAUAUAAUGAUGAAGAAUUAAAUGACUAUGAUAGAUCAACUUUUUAUUCACCUUAUAACUAUGGAUAUAAUACUUAUCCAUUUUUAAAUGAAAAAUUAGAAGUUGAUCCUAAUGAAAAAAGAUUAGGUAAAUCAUUAACUUAA